UUUUAAUAAUAAUUUUCAAUUAUCAACUGAUUUACUUGAUAUACUUAUAUAAAAUGAAAUUUAAAUUUAAAAAAUACUUUAUUUUUUUUAACAAAAAUAAUUUAAAUUCUAUUGCAUCAUUUCGACUCAUCAUAAUUUUUUAUCUUCUAUUAGAUAAUAAUUAUAAGCAAAUAAAUUGAUGUACAUAACUUCAUUAAUUAACGAUGUAUCAAAGAUAGUAACCGCGGUCAAUAACCGGAGACUAAAAGUUAAAAAUUAAAAAUACUGAGUAGCAAAAAAUCUAGUAAACAACGAACUUGAACCACCUGAUAAACUGGAGAUAUAACACCCAGUAUUCGGGAAUCAGAGGUCAUAGAUAAUCAUGUUCGCGAGUUUAUUUAAAUAAUUAAAGCUUACAAGUAUAUGUAAAUGCUAAAAGCAUUAUAUAUCCGAAUUUAUUAAUAUUAUCAUUAAGAUAAAUAAUUAAUAAACUAAUAAAGCGUAUUUUUUUUAGAUUUUAAAAUUUAGUGUCAAAGGUUACCAACAAACCCCCAGUAUAUAAAGAUGCUUCGUAACUAUUAAUUGCAUAGUGUAGUACAGAGUUUUUAAGCGGUAGUUCUGUUUUUCGCGAUGAUUAAAAUUUUGGUGGUCUUGGCCACAACCAGCCUUUGCUUGGCGGCUAUCCACAAGCAAUCUGGUACCAUAAAUGUCGCCAAGAGGGCUUAUUUGACCAGACAAAAGGACCUGUGGGAUAUCUUCUGGCACCCUGAUCAACCGACCACCAUUCAUCCAGAAUUCUACGAAAUCGCUAAAUCAUUCAGCAUUGAAGAUCAUGUCGACUCUUACACAAACGCGACUUACGUCCAUGACUGGAUCAGGCUUUACAAGCAAGGAUUGCUUCCUCGCGACGUAGUUUAUUCGCCAUUCCACCCGGCGCAUUACGAAGAAACUGUGGCGCUUUUCCGAAUACUCUUCUUCGCCAAAGACUACGACACUUUCUACAAGACCGCGAUUUGGGCUCGCUUCAACGUUAACGUCGGAUUAUUUGGGCACACUUUGGCCAUACUGGCGAUCCAUCGUCCAGACACCGUUCACCUACGCUUGCCUCCUCUGUACGAGAUUAUUCCACAUGCUUUCUUCAACUCCGAUGUUAUGCAAGCUAUUCACAAAUUCAUAAUCUUCGGAUCUAAUUUUGCAGGUGUCAAAAAAUCUCUAGCUAUAAAAUACCACGAAGGCGGCGACAUUGUCAUCCCGGCAAACUACAGUGGUUGGUACCUGCAGCAUCCGCACGCUGAUGAAGAAUUGACCUACUUCACUGAAGAUAUUGGUCUCUGUACUUACUAUUUCUUCUUUGCUCACGAUUUCCCGCACUUCAUGAACAGCGGUGACUAUCAACAUCUUCAGAAGGAAGUUCGUGGAGAAGUAUACUUCUUUGGACACAAACAAUUACUCGCUCGUUACUAUUUGGAGCGUUUGUCCAAUAAUAUGGGAGAAAUUGAAUUCAUUGACUGGCAUGAACCUAUUGUGACUGGUUUCUAUCCUACACUUACUCAUACCAAUGGACUUCCCUUUCCUCAUCGUCAUGCGGGGAGUCAUAUUCCUAAUCACAAGCUCGAUUUAGUUCACGACGCUGAAGAAGCAGAAACCCGCAUCCACGCAGCAAUUGACUCUGGAAUAGUAUAUGACUACCACCACCCUCCCAGAGCAGUAAACAUUUACACCCCCGAAGGUCUGAACAUCCUCGGAAACUUAAUUGAAGGAAAUGCAGACUCUUUGAACCGAGACUUCUACGGUAGCUUGGACCAUUUGAGCAGAAUGAUUCUCGGCUUUGGACUUAAACCAAUUGACAAGAACCACUUGGUCCCCAGCACCCUCGAGUACUACACCACCAGCAUAAGAGACCCAGCAUUCUUCCGUAUUUACAAGAAGAUCGUCGGUUACUACCUGAAGUACAAGGAACAUCUCCCGCAGUACACUCACGAAGACUUAGCCUUCCCUGGAGUUAAAAUUGACUCUGUCGUUGUAGACAAGCUCUUUACUUUCUUCGAGCCCUACGAUGUUCUUGUUAGCAACGGUGUGCUAGUAUCUUCACAAAAAGACGCAGAAUCAACGGUAAUAAAGGUCCGCCAACAGCGUCUGAACCACAAACCCUUCACCUACCACAUCACCGUCAGCAGCGACAAGAAGGUCAAGGCCACUGUUCGCGUCUUUUUAGGACCCAAGUUGAACCACUAUGGCCAUGAGUUUGAAUUCACUGACAACUGGGAAAACUUCAUUGAAUUGGACCAAUGGAUUUACAAGGAACAUCUCCCGCAGUACACUCAUGAAGACUUAGCCUUCCCUGGAGUUAAAAUUGACUCUGUCGUUGUAGACAAGCUCUUUACUUUUUUCGAGCCCUGCGAUAUUCUUGUUAGCAACGGUGUGCUAGUAUCUUCACAAAAAGACGCAGAAUCAACGGUAAUAAAGGUCCGCCAGCAGCGUCUGAACCACGAACCCUUCACCUACAUCAUCAACGUCAACAGCAAAAAGAAGGUCAAAGCCAAUGUUCGCAUCUUUUUAGGACCCAAGUUCGACCACCAUGGCCAUGAGCUUGAAUUCACUGACAACUGGGCCAAGUUCAUUGAGAUGGACCAAUGGAUCGUCAACCUCAAGCCCGGUACCAACAAAAUCGAGCGCAAAAGUAAUGAAUCAAUCUAUGUCUAUCCUGACGAAGUAAGUAGCGCAGAGUACUAUAAGCUUCUGACGAAAGCCAUCGAAACCGACGAACCAUUCACCUAUGACGUGCAGGUAGCUGGAUUCCCUGACCGCCUGGUCCUGCCCCGUGGAAAGAGAGAAGGUCUUCCACUCAAGUUGUUCGUCUUCGUCAGUGAGUUUAACGAGAGCAACCGCUUCAACGUCGACUCACUAGUCUGGGGCCAAACCAUCACCGACGCCAAGCCCUUGGGAUAUCCUCUGGACCGACCUGUCGCGCCCUACGCAUUCACUGUGCCAAAUGCCUACUUCAAGGAUGUCACUGUCUACCACAAACCCGUUGAAGAACUCAAUUAA